AUGGAUGGAUCACUUAGUGCAAGGCAAGCACACCGCCUUGCUUGUCUCCUGACUGCCCCGAGCCCUUUAGCCUCAACUCAACACACCUCCUCUUCCUCCCGCCCUCAACCACCCCAGAACCAUGACAAGACGUGUUCUCAUUCGAGAGACUUCAACCCCCGAGAGCCGUCCGCCAUGCAGGUGCGAGUGUUUGUGCAGGUGCGAGUGUUUGUGCAGGUGCGAGUGUUUGUGCAGGUGCGAGUGUUUGUGCAGGUGCGAGUGUUUGUGCAGGUGCGAGUGUUUGUGCAGGUGCGAGUGUUUGUGCAGGUGCGAGUGUUUGUGCAGGUGCGAGUGUUUGUGCAGGUGCGAGUGUUUGUGCAGGUGCGAGUGUUUGUGCGGGUGCGAGUGUUUGUGCGGGUGCGAGUGUUUGUGCGGGUGCGAGUGUUUGUGCGGGUGCGAGUGUUUGUGCGGGUGCGAGUGUUUGUGCGGGUGCGAGUGUUUGUGCGGGUGCGAGUGUUUGUGCGGGUGCGAGUGUUUGUGCGGGUGCGAGUGUUUGUGCGGGUGCGAGUGUUUGUGCGGGUGCGAGUGUUUGUGCGGGUGCGAGUGUUUGUGCGGGUGCGAGUGUUUGUGCGGGUGCGAGUGUUUGUGCGGGUGCGAGUGUUUGUGCGGGUGCGAGUGUUUGUGCGGGUGCGAGUGUUUGUGCGGGUGCGAGUGUUUGUGCGGGUGCGAGUGUUUGUGCGGGUGCGAGUGUUUGUGCGGGUGUUUCGCCUGCAUGAGGUCAUGGUGACACACAAGGGCUUCGUCUUCAACGCCACCCACCGAUACGUGCACCAGGGCUGCAAGCGAUUCAACCCAUUCUCCUACCCACAAGGCCAGAAGGUGCAUCGGAUAAAGCUGGCGUUUGACUGGGGCUACACGCAGGGCAGCAACUUCUACCACUUCCUAGUCGAGGCCAUCCCUUCCUUCUUCGUGGCCGCUGCAGCACUGCCCAACCUCAGAGACAUUCCCAUCAUAGCAGAGCGCUUCCAGUGGGACCUAUACGACAGCAUAGGCCGCAUCUUCAUAGGGGUGAAUCGGACGGACAUGAGAGCCCUUCAGGCAACCGAGGGGGACCUCUUUCACGUCGACACGCUCUAUUUGCCAAUGCUGCAGGAGUGUGGGGCGCCCAACAAGGCCCUCUGGAUGGAGCUGAGGCGGCACCACCUGCUGCACCGGCAGGGCCUGCCACUCUUCCGCCCCGACUUCUCCUACCACUACCGCCCAGCGCUCUCCUACCAGCAACUCACCCACCUGCCCCCCGACUGGGUGGUGGUGUUGGCGCAGCGGCCGUCAGGGAAGCGCUCCUUCAGCAACGCUGAGGAGGUUAAAGAAGCGGUUCUCGCCGCGUUUCCAGCAGAGAGGGUUGUUGUGUUUGACGGGUCGCCGCAGCUCAUGCAAGCACGUGCUUUGUUCCGCCGGACUCGGCUCUUUGUGGGCGGCCACGGGGCGGCGUUAUCCAACCUCAUCUUCAUGCCCCUGGCAAUGCCGCGCAGCGCCACACGCUCGUGCUUCGUGCAGGAGGAGUGUCCUGCUUGGAAGCAUCUCUUCUUCCCUCCCCCGCAGGCACCCACCCACCGAUCAGUCUCACGCACGCACCCAACCCCAGUCCUCCUCGUUUCAUUUCUCAAUCCUUCCUCCUCGCUAUCUCGUCUAGUCUAG